AAAAAUCCUACGACAGCUACGCAGUUGUCGAUUUCCCGAUAAGAUGUUCGCGGGGAACGCGGAAGCAAAUGGAAAUACCCAAUUUUUCGGGAAUUUUCAUUUUUUUUCGCUUUCCAGUUCGCUUUGUUAUUGCGUGCAUCUCGGCUACCGGCGAACAAACUCGAAAGAUCGUUGUGCGCAUGCGCGUUUCGCGGUGCACGCUAUAUGGAGUAGUAGAAUGUGCGACGUUGUUCUAUAAUCUACGGCACCGCUGCAUAGGCUUGUUGUGAAGAGCUCGGCGGCCGCGUGUGUGGGUGUGUGUACAUUCGCGAUACUACGUGUGCGCGGGCGCUGUCUGUUAUUAAACUAAGCGCAGCUGUGUAUGUUUUCUAAAUGUGGGCUUCGAGAUUUAUUUCUUUUUCGUUUUUUUUUCAUUGUUUGGCAUUGAAAAUCGCGCUUCCUUGUUUUAGCUGAAGCACACAUCCCUUGUACACGGGAUAACGAGGAGAAAAUUAAUGAAGUUUAUUUUUAGCAGCCGAAGGGCUGUUAUCCGAAGUUCGUAUGAUUGCUUGCUUCACCGCCGGUCACAGAAAGUCUUAGUCUGUGAAAAUCAGUCGACCAAGCAAUUUGUAAUCCGAAGAACAAUAAAUUAUAAAACCGCGGCAUCGGUAUAUUAUUCUCACGGAUUGUCCUUGGUUCAAAGUAAGCAUUAUUUGGAAUAGGUGUCGGCUGAGCGUCUAAUUCCCAACUGAUCAAUAAUAACGACUCGGCGGAAAAAUGCAGAGCUUUACCUUAACGAGGGACACUGGUCGACUGAGCCACGCUCAAAGGGUCUUUUACGAGCGCAAUGGUUUCUUGGUCAUACCGGGGCUCGUUCCUCUCGACAUACUCCAGAAGUGCAGUAGAAGAUUUGACGACUACGCCACGGGCAAGAUCCCAAAAGGUUUCACCACAGUGAUGCGGGACGUUAUCGACCGGAAAUCGGUCAAUAAGAUCCAGGACAUCCUCCACGACGAAGUAUUCCUUGAAUACUUCAGGAACAAAGAGCUUCUCGACGUGGUGGAGACUUUCACCGGACCCAACAUACUGGGGGUGCACAGCAUGCUCAUCGCCAAGCCACCAGAUGUAGGCUCUGGAAGUUCGAGACACCCUCCGCACCAGGACCUCUAUUACUUCCCCUUCAGACCAGCCAACAAGAUAGUGGCCGCCUGGACUGCUAUUGAAAAAUGCGACAAGGCGAACGGCUGCCUUCACGUUUAUCCGGGAUCGCACCUCACCUACGACCUACAGCCUCACGGCUAUCCCGAGGGCGCAGUCAACAAAAUGUAUCACGGAAUACAGGAUUUGCCGGAGUCAAUAAAUUGGGUGGACGUCGAGAUGGAACCCGGAGACACCGUCUUCUUCCAUCCAUUGUUAAUACACGGCUCUUGGAAAAAUGUCUCUACUCGAACGAGGAAAGCGAUUUCCUGUCACUAUGCUUCUGCUGACGUUGAAUAUAUAAAGGUCGAAGGUACCGUCCAACAGCUCAUCGAAGAGGAAGUUUUAGAAAUAUUUAGACGCCGUUUUCCUAGCUCUUCGGACAUAAACUUUAUCGACAUUUGGAAGCUCCGGUCAAUGCUUAUGAGAGGUAUACAAUCUUCUCUAUAAAACGUUUUGAAAAAUGCUUAAAUAUUGCUUUUCUGGGGUCUAUCGUCUAAAUUGAACAACGUACGUUAGCUUUAAUUUGAAACAAGUUCGGAUACACGCAUACAGUGGAUUCGUUAGAUUUGGAAUAUUCGUGAAGUAGGAGAUGCAGGUAAAGUAAUUCUACUGCAGAAGAAGAUGUAAAAGCGAUCCUGAGAUCGUUAUCAUUAUUAUUAAGCGAUAUCGAGUUUCUUUUAUGUCUUUGCGUUAAAUGAUUACUGGGAAGUUGAAGAAUGUAACAGUGUUUGUAUAAUGGAUUUUUGUACGUAUUUUCGUGCUGCACGCUAGCACUGGAAGUACGGCAUGCCGCUAGACACAACUGAAAGCGAUCGAGACUUCGCAGCCGUAACUUCAAGAUGUCCUCACCUCGUCUUAGUUUCAAAUUUUCUUUACGUAUUUGAUCAAUGGUGAAACUCUUCCUCUUUUUUACCUGCAAUUUUAAGACAUGUUGUUAUUUUGUAUAAACGGUGCAAGUGUAUAUGAAUAAAGUUUGUUAUUUUUAUUAAUACUAUGAA